AUGGCGCUAGUGGCACGAGAACUGGCGCGCUUCAAGGUGGACAUCGCCGCACUUAGCCAGAUCCGAUUCUCCGAACAAGGCCAACUGGAGGAGGUGAGUGCCGGUUACACCUUCUUCUAUAGUGGUCGACCCAAGGCAGAGCGACGAGACACGGGUAUCGCAUUUGUCAUCCGGAACGACAUCGUGGGACGACUGCCUUGUCUGCCGCAGGGUAUCAACGAUCGCCUGAUGAGCCUCCGUCUGCCUCUCCGGGGUGGGGGCAAAUUCGCCACCAUCAUAAGCGCCUACGCUCCGCCAAUGACCAACCCCGACGGCGUCAGAGACAAAUUCUACGAGGACCUGCACGCCCUCUUGGCGACUGUGUCGAAGGCGGACAAGUUGAUUGUCCUUGGUGACUUCAACGCCCGCGUCGUCACAGAUCAUGCUGCCUGGAGAAGUGUGCUGGGACCCCACGGUCUCCGCGGCUCCAACGACAAUGGUCUGCUGCUGAUACGCACCUGCGCAGAACACCCCCUCAUCCUGACGAAAACGUUCUUCUGUCUGCCGGAGCGAGAGAAGGCCACCUGUAGGCAUCCCCGGUCGCGUCAGUGGCACCUGCUGGACUAUGUCCUCGUCCGGAGGCAAGAUCAGCGGGACGUGCUGGUGACGAAGGCGAUCGCGGGUGCUGACGGGUGGACCGACCAUCGCCUCGUCAUAUCGAAAUGCGUAUUCGCAAACAGCAUCGCAGGAGACCACAAGGUAAGCGACCCCCAGGUAAGCUGAAUGUUGCCUUGUUGUCUUUGCCUGCACACCAUCUUCAUUUCAGCAGUGUGCUAGCUCAACGGCUAGAGAAUCUUCCUAUCGCUGCCGCCGACGACGCCGCCGCCGCCGCUGCCGAGGACGCCUCCGUGGAUAACCGGUGGUGCCAACUGCGAGACACGGCCCAGUCGACGGCGCUCGCCGUCCUUGGUCGCGCUCCCAUGGUUCGCCCGCAUCCUUCUCAUCCGCCUCAAUAACCAUCUCGAACAGGACCUUCUGCCGGAAAGCCAAUGCGGUUUCCGUCGUCAUCGUGGGACCACGGAUAUGAUCUUGGCCGCCCGUCAACUUCAGGAGAAGUGUCAGGAGAUGCAGACCCACCUGUACUCUACCUUUGUGGACCUGACGAAAGCCGUCGACACGGCGAAUCAUGAAGGACAGUGGAAGAUCAUGCAGAAAUUCGGCUGUCCGGAACGAUUCACUCAAAUGGUGCGUCAGCUGCACGGCGGUAUGAUGGCGCGACUCACGGACAACGGAGAUGUCUCAAAGGCAUUCGCAGUGACCAAUGUAGUGAAGCAGGGAUGCGUGCUGGCGCCUACCCUCUUCAGUCUUAUGUUCUCUGCCAUGCUGAUGGACGCCUGCCGCGACGAACGCCUCGGGAUACACAUCGCCUACAGGACGGACGGUCACCUGCUGAAUCAACGACGGAUGCACUUCCAAUCGCGCGUAUCCACAACCACCGUUCACGAACUUCUCUUCGCCGACGACUGCGCCCUGAACACCACCUCGGAUGAGCAGAUGCAACGAAGCAUGGACCUGUUCUCCGCCGCCUGUGAGAACUUUGGUCUGGUCAUUAACACGCAUAAGACGGUGGUGAUGCAUCAUCCGCCACCCAACUCAGCCACAGUCCCCAAAGCGCCGCCGCAAAUCAGCGUGAACGGAACCCAACUGCAAGUGGUGGACAACAUCCCGUACCUGGGCAGUACUCUCUCUCCAGCAACACCCAGAUCGACGACGAAGUCGUCAACAGGAUCUUGA